AUGGCCGCCGCCACCACCAAAUGGUCAGUACUCCAUUUCUCCGCUAUCUUGCUCAUCAUCACCUUUCUGAUCCUCCACCUUCCUUCCGCCAACUCAGUCUUCUUCAACGUCUCUCGCUUUGAAAACACUGAACCCAACAUUCUCUACCAAGGAGAUGCAGUUCCGAGAGUAGGAGCUGCUGAGAUCACCAACGAGUUCAAGUUCGUCUGCCGUGUCGGCUGGGUCACCUUCUCCAAGAGGGUACCCCUUUGGGACCCCGAUUCCGGCAAGCUCUCCGAUUUCUCGACCCGUUUCUCCUUCGUCAUCGACACGCUAAACAGCUCGUCUUUCGGCAACGGCCUCGCGUUCUUUCUUGCUCCAGCCGGGGCUCAGAUCCCUCCCAAUUCUGCUGGUGGCUUUCUUGGUUUAUUUAACACAACAACGAGCUUUUCACCCGCCAGUAAAACUGUCAUGGUGGAGUUUGAUACUGUCAACAAUGAAGAAUGGGAUCCAGUUGAUGUGGAUACCCAUGUCGGGAUCAACAAUAACUCCAUUUCUUCUAUUGUCUAUACAGCUUGGAAUGCAAGUCGCCAUAGCGGAGACACUGCAGUUGCGUUGAUUAGGUACAAUGCCACCACUAAAAAUUUGAGCGUGUCUUGGUCAUACCAGUUAACCUCUGACCCCCGAGAGAACUCAAAUCUGCAUCAAAUAAUUGAUCUUUCUAAGGCUCUUCCUCCAUGGGUUACUGUUGGAAUUUCGGCUUCUACUGGCUCAAGAUUCGAACGACAUACCCUUCUAUCCUGGGAGUUUAAUUCAAGUUUGGAGGAGCCAAAGGGACCUUCAAGGAAGAUUGCGAUAAUAGUUGGCGUUUCUGUCUCGGGCUUUUUUGUGAUUGCUUUGUUGAUCAUGGUUGGACUAAUCAUCAGGCAUCGAAAACAGAAGAUGAGGAAGAAAUCACCAGAGGAAAUGAACUUGACAUCAAUCAAUGAUGAUCUUGAAAGAGGAGCAGGACCAAGAAGGUUUUCCUACACAGAUCUUGCUUCUGCCACAAGCAACUUCUCGAAUGAACGAAAGUUGGGUGAAGGAGGAUUUGGGGAAGUUUAUAGAGGGUACCUAGCUGAUUUAGAUAUGUUGGUAGCUGUAAAAAAGAUUUCGAGAGGAUCUAGACAAGGGAAAAAAGAGUACAUAACGGAGGUAAAGGUGAUUAGCAGAUUGAGACAUAGGAACCUUGUGCAGCUUAUUGGCUGGUGUCAUGAUAAAGGAGAAUUCUUGUUAGUAUAUGAGUUCAUGCCAAAUGGUAGCCUUGAUUCCCAUCUCUUUGGAAAAAGAAGUCCUCUUGCUUGGCCUGUAAGGUACAAGAUCUCUAUCGGAUUAGCCUCUGCGUUGCUCUAUCUUCACGAAGAGUGGGAGCAAUGUGUCGUGCACCGUGACAUCAAGUCAAGCAAUGUAAUGCUGGAUUCCAGCUUCAAUGUCAAGCUUGGUGAUUUCGGAUUAGCUAGAUUGAUGGAUCACGAGCUCGGUCCCCAAACAACUGGACUGGCUGGCACUUUUGGCUACUUGGCUCCUGAAUAUAUAAGCACAGGAAGGGCUAGUAAAGAAUCUGAUGUAUAUAGCUUUGGAGUUGUUGCUCUAGAAAUUGUUACAGGAAGAAAAUCAGUUGAUCCCGCCAAAGGGAAAUCCGAAAUGGGAUUGGUAGAGUGGGUCUGGGAACUGUACGGCAAGGGAGAGGGAAUCUCAGUCGUGGACGAGAGAUUGCUGAGUGAAUUUGAUGAGAAACAAGCAGAGUGUCUGAUAUGUGCUGGUCUUUGGUGUGCUCAUCCUGAUAGAAACUUAAGGCCAUCAAUAAGACAAGUGAUCCAAGUUCUGAACUUUGAAACCGCCUUGCCAGAUCUUCCAGACAAAAUGCCUGUGCCAACGUAUCAUGUGCCUACUCCUUCUGUCAGCUCUGGUGAACCUUCAAUCACUUAUUCGAGUGUUAAUGUUGGUCGCUAA